AAUGGGUUUUAUACCGAAUGUUAUUGUUAGCACUACUUCUGAAAUGUGAUAUGUUUUUUAACGCGGAUAGCUAAAAUCAAUAAUAAUCAAGAUGACAAUUGAAUCUUUACUUUUUUCCGGCAAUUUUGAAAAGACACCAGUUUUUGCUGCAAAGAAAUCAUCUACAUUAGAUCACGGAAGCACGCUAUCAUUAUCAAAAACGAAGUUUGUACAACGUUUACGAAAUCCACGAAAGCAUUUGCAACCAGAAGAUAUUCAAAUAGGCGACAGUAUUACAAUUUUGUACGAUAAAAAACGCGUCAGCGGAACAGUCCGGUAUAUUGGAAAAACAGAAUUUAGCACUGGUGUAUGGUGCGGGCUUGAAAUUGAAGAAAGCAACGGUAAAAAUAACGGCACUGUAAACGGAUAUAAAUACUUUGAGUGCGCUGAAAACCACGGAAUUUUUAUACGUUUGCAUAAAGUAAAAAUUAUACCUAAAUACGCUGAAAGUACUCCGAACGUUUGCGCGAACAAUUUAGAGGACGAAAUAUCUUAUAGUGUAGAUAAUAUAAAUGACGACGAAGAAAUGUUCAAGUUAAAAAGUUUUUCAUUGAGACAACCAUUAGACAAUAAAGAAAAAGAGUUUUACCGAGAUUCUCAUUUUGAUACUAGUUUGGAUUCUGAUGCUUUAAAAGAAGUUUCUCAACCAAUGUCACGUAACAGCAACGACUCAGGUAUAGAGUCUCCUGUUCGGAACAGUCCAGUAGAAACAUCUUCUCCCAAAAAUAAUAACGAAAUUUUAAAAAAAAACUAUGGAAACGUUAUAGUUUCCUCUUACGAUACUCCUUCACCUAAAAAAGCAGUUUUUGUUGGUUCGUUUGACGAGCUUGAUGAAGACAAGAUAAAAUACCAAGAAGAAUUUUUAUUAAACAAUAAAAGUCAGUCAACCCUUUCAUUUGACAUUCCAAGGGUUGACAGUUUUGAUAAAGAAAAAUUGGAGAGGUUUAUUGAAAGAAAGUUUUCUGUUGUAAACGACGAUAAUCAUUUAAAUAAGAAAAACAGUUUUGUAAAACAAAGGUGUGAUUCAAUUACGUCAAAAAUACCUAUCAAGGUUUCUACUCCGAAAAACGAUGAAAUAGAUUCCAAAUAUACAAUCGAUCUAAAUCUUUCUAAUAGUGAAAAAUCAAUAAAUUCAAAUGAUAAUUCUUUUCCCAAAGACCAAAAGUCGAUAUCUUCUAAAGAACCAAACCCUACAACAGCUGUUAAAAGCAACCAAAAAACUGAAAAAGGAAGUAUUCUUUCAGCAAAAUCAUAUUUUUACAAACCAUUUUCAAAGCCAGUAGUGAAGAAACCAAAAGUAGGAAAUCUACCAAAAAAUGAAGGAGAAAAUGAUAAUGCAGUCAUUGUUAGUAAUGGAAAUAUUCAACUACAAGGAGAAAAAGAAUCACCUUUAAAAUGCAAUAGUUCUGGUCGCCAAUCUACAGAUUUUAAAAAUGAUAAAGUUAGCGAAAAAAAAGAAAAAAUAAAUGAUAAAAUCAGCGAUAAAAAAGAGAAAAUACCCAAGUCUAAGAUUGCUAUUAAAAAAAAAUCACCAGAUAAAAAAGAAAAAAAUGUUGAAGAAUUGAUCAACAACUUACAGAACCAAUUAAAAGAGCGUAAUGAAAGAAUUAAUCAACUUGAAGUUUCUUUGAACAAAUAUCAACACUUAAAACAAGCAGGCAAUGAAAGCGAUCUCAGUGCACAAGUUGUAACAAAAAAUGAUAUUAUUGCAGGAUUACAUGAUAAAAUUGAUAGUUAUAAAUCAAUCACUGAUAAAGCAAAUCUCAGUUUUAUUGGAUUGAGUAUUGUGUUGCAGUACUAUAUUAAUCAGAAUGAACACAUAAAAAAGAGUUUAAAUGAAUCUGUAGCUGAAAAUCAUUCUUUACAAAAAAGUAGCAAAGAAUACGAAAACCAUAAAAAAGAACAAGAUGAAAAAAUUAAUGAUUUAAAAAAUAUUUUAGCAAAUGAAAAAGUUAAAGCAGAAAAGUUUCAAAAUUCUUUACUAACAUUAGAAGCUGAUCAUGAAACUGAAAUACUUAAUUUGCACAAUAAAUACAAUGAUAAAAUAUCUGAUUUAAAAACAGUGCACCAAGAAAAAAUAGAUAAAAAAGUUAUAGCAGUAAGCAAUGAGUUUCACUUGCAAAUAGAAAAGUUGCAACAGAAUAAUGAUGAAAAGGUUCAUCAGCUUAAAGUUUCGUAUAAAAAUCAAGUGGACAUAUUAAAAGAGAGAGAAACAGCAUUGAAGCAGAAAAUGAUUGCUUAUGAAAAGAAGUUCAAUGAUAAUGAUGAUAUAAUAGCAAAGCAAAAUUUUCAAAUUAAAAGCUUAGAGGACAAGAUGGCCAUCUUAAAGCAAGAAAAUAACUCAUUGCUAAAUCGAAUAGCUCAAAUAACAAAAGAAGCAGAAAAGGAUUUAGCAAUGCAGGCACUGAUUCUUCCUUAUAAACAGAUGCCUGCAGAACUUGAUAGUUUAAAAGCCGUACUUGAAUUAAAAACAGACGAACUGAAAUCUCUUCGUGUUAAAACCAUGGAUUUACAGAGAAAAGUUGACCAGUACUACGAACUCCAAGUAAAGUUUGAUUUAAUCAAUCAGGAAAAUCAAUCUUUAAAAGAAACGUUAAAGAAAAAAGCUAUUUUGGAAAGAAAUAUAUCUUUUGAAAGGGAUGCUUUGCUAGAAAAAUUUGAGAACGAACACCGUAAAGUAUCUCGUUUAUCUAUGGAAAAUGAAGAACUUAUGUGGCGUGCUUCGAAUUCAGAUCUCAGUUAUAGUUCACCGAACAUUUUUGAAGCUGUAGAAGAAAAUCAAUCGUCAUAUCUUAAGAACUCAUCUUCAUUUUCAACUCCAAACAAAUCAUCUGGUUUUUCUCAAAAUAAUAUAAGUAGACGACAAAGAGGCUCACUAUACGAACUUUCUAGUUUUAAAAAAUGAUAGACAACCUUCCACAUCAACCUUUGUAUUUCGAUUUAGUUCUAAUUUAUUUCUAGGUUUCACAAAACUCUAAAGAUAUUACUUAAAACUUUCUCUUAAGUAACUUUGUAAAUUGUUCUUGAAAAAAGCUAAAUUAA